AUGAAUUCAUCUUCCCCUAUAGAAGCUCCUUCGGAAAGGUCCUGCUCGCCUGCUGAAGUUAAGCACAUGAUUUUCGUUAGUCUUUUAAAAGAAGGAAGAGGCGCUCCAAAGGGUAUUCCCUCUACGACUCUGACAAACCUUUCGAUGUACGAUCCAAACACAGCUUUUGUAUUUGCCACUUCUAUGUCACUAGGAGAGGAUGAAGGUCUACAGUUAAUUGUGGAGAGAGCUGCAAAAGAUAAUGCCAAGUGUGAUAAGCUACGCAAAGAUAUACGCUGGUAUCUAAAACACCCCGAUGCUGAAGAUAUGAGGAAAUCAGUCGAGACUCUUCUUGACGAGGACAUCAUGGCGAGGGGCCUUUUAAGGAAGGAUCCAGACAUACUCAAGAGAGCAAUUCUGGCAAAGGCACUCUUUAUUGUUGAGGAUUUCGAGCGAGAAAGACUCGACAUUGAAGCUGAGAACGAAAGUCAUGAUUUUGCAAUUCAGUUAGUGACUUUGAUAAAUGGCUGGGGAGAAGGUUCUCGGGUGAACUUGUUUUACUUCAAGUACAAAACAUCUUUCGAAAAGUUUGAGCGUACGCUCAAGGAUGAAACUCGAAAUAGCAAGAUUCCACCCGAGAACAUCGUAAUGCCUGCUCUCUCUUGGCCAUCCGUCAGCUUUGGGGCUGAAGAAGUUGCAAUGUACAAUGAGAAUUCCGAGAACACAUCCGGUACCCAGAAUACAAACCGGAAUGACAUAUUGACAGAGAAUCCUGAAUCCAUUCAGAAACUAUCAGCAACAGCAGGACGAGACCACGCUGACAAGGGCUUCAAUCUUACGGAUGGUCCAUGGAUGUAUCGAUUACCACAUACAGGUAAAAAUCCUGCUGAUAAACCAGGGUGGCGACCCAUCGAGGAUAAAGAUGACUAUAUGGUUAUGCUGGAUGGCAUCCGCCGUGUCAAUUUCAAGUAUGCAGAGUGGGGACAGCCAACUAAAUGCAGUGUCAUGAUUAUGCAUUCGUUGGAUCGAGAUUGUCAACAGAGAUAUACCGAUAGACGUGAAGAGGAGCGCGCUUACAGUUCAGAAUGGGAGAAGGAACUGGAGGAGGCUGGAUUUUUUGAUGAUGGAGAUGCCGUUGGUGAAUACGGAGACGAUUGGAUUGAAAACUGGAAUGUAAUCAAUAAGCCUCUCCAGAAGCUCACACCGAGGACUAAAACCUAG